AUGAAUGAAGACCGUAUGAACUCUAAUAUCAACCGAGGCGUUGGCUCUGCCAAGGAAUCUGCUGGCAACAUGAUGGGCAACAAGAAAAUGGAAACUGAAGGUCAAGCUCAACGCCAAGGUGGUAAAAUGCAAGAAAUGGAAGCCAAGGCUGGUGAAAUGUGGGAUGAUGCCAAGCAAAAAAUGGAAGGUGCUUUCAAAGGCAUCAACAAGUCUACCUCCGGCAACACCAACCAAAGCAAUCGUUAA